AUGCCCAAGGACCACCAGUGGUUGGCGUACGCGAGCUUGGGCAGAGAGCAUGGCAGUGACAUCGUUCAUUUUGAUGUUCUCGGGAGCCAUGUCGUAAUAGUGAACACCGCCAAAACCGCGCACGAGCUGUUUGAUAAACGGUCUGCGAUAUAUGCAGAUAGGCCGUUUUUUGCAUCUCUAAGAAUUUUGCUAGGAUAUGAUUGGAUUAUAGGCUUUACUGAGUAUGGAGAAUGGUUGAGGACUAUGCGCAAACAUUUCCACACGUUCUUCCAACCCGCUGCAGUAACCGAAUAUCGACCACUACAAACGAAAGCAGUUCAUCAGCUUCUGCGGCACCUCAUACGCAAGCCCAAGGACUUUUCUUGGCAUCUUCGACACAUGACAGGAACGAUAAUAAUCCGUAUCGCAUAUGGACUCAAGGUUCAGCCCAUCAACGACCCCAAUGUCGAAAUAGCAGAAAAGGGCCUACAUGCCGUCUCCACCGCUUCUUCUCCUGGAGCGGCCAUUUUCGAUCUGUUCCCGAUGAUGCUUCACGCACCGUCGUGGUUUCCAGGGGCAGGUUACAAGAAGGACGCAAAGAUGAUGCGACAUUACAGUGAUGACAUGCUGGAAGUGGCUUACCGCACUGCGAAAGAGGCUAUAGGCAACGGCACCGCGUCGCCCUCUGUCACUGCGUCCAUGAUCAGCCAACUAAACGAAAAGCUCUUGCCUGAAGGUGAAACAAUUGUCAAACAACUCACUGGUAACAUGUAUCUUGGUAAGACUUCGCCUUCCUUACAGCAGUUCUUAUUGGUUUUUGAUCGCAAAGCUGUGACGGUCUGCGCCCUCGAGAUUUUCUUCCUUGCCAUGUUGCUCUAUCCAGAUUCCCAAAGAAAAGCUCAAGCGGAAAUCGAUGCCAUCGUCGGGACGGAUCGUCUUCCGUCUUUCGAGGACCAGGACUCUCUACCAUAUGUUCACGCUCUGAUGAAGGAGACGUUGAGAUGGCAUAACGUUACACCCUUAGGUAUCACCUCAAUCUAUACAGGUUCUAUUACGCCCAUGGACAUUAUUUGA